AUGAAGUGUGACUGGACGGCGAAGCUUUUGGUCGCCAAUUUGGCAUUUGCAGUGAGCGAUGCACGACGAGCUGCUCAGACAUGGGAGGAGGGAACCUUCAAGACUCUAGUCACAUUUGGUGACAGUUUUACGGACGAGAAUCGCUUGGGGUACUUCAUCAACAACAACGGGUCUGCGCCACCAGUAGCCUGGGAACAGCCCAUCGGCUUGAGAACAGCAAGCGGUGGCCUCACCUGGGCUCGCUAUGCCAGCAUCUAUGCCAACGCCACGCUCUACAACUACGCCGUCUCCGGCGCCGUCUGCUCCAACGAAGUAACCCCUCGCACCUUUUCCACUAUCAACGCCCCCUUCCCCGACAUUGCAGGCUACGAACUCCCAGCCUUCCUCGCAGACUCCAAAGCCCUCACCCAAAACGGCACACGCUUCUUCACCGGCGAGCCCUCCAGCACCGUCUACGCAAUCUGGAUCGGCACAAAUGACCUCGGCAACAACGCCUUCCUCACCGACAGCCAAGUCGCCGGCAAAACACUCAAAGACUACACCGACUGCGUCUACGACCAAGUUCUCCGUCUCUACCAAAAUGGCGCUAGGAACUUCGUCCUACUGAACUUGACGCCCUUGGAUAUCCUCCCGCAAUACGCCUCCCCAGCCAUGAACGGUCUGCCCGCAACCCAAUUCUUUCCCGACAAACCCCUUUUCAACGCCUCGGCUCUCCACGGACGCAUGCAGCAAUCCGUCUCCGCGCUCAACGAAAUCUAUGCCUUCCGCACGCCCUUUGCCGCCCUCGCCGACGCCCGUUAUGCAGGUGCCCGGUUCGCCAAUUUCGACGUCAAUCGCCUAUUGACCCACCUGUACUACAACCCCGCGCAGUAUCUAAAUGGCACAACGCCGUUGAAUGUCCAGGGUGUGCAUCGGUUGUGUGAUGCGCAGAGCAGGAAUUGCACGGUAAGUGGGGAUCCAGAUAGCUUUGCGUGGUUCGAUGCGUUGCAUCCUAGUGAGCAGACGAAUCGUGUGGUGGCGAGGGAGUUUGUGCGAGUUGUGGGCGGGCUGACGAAGCCCUUCGGACGGCAGUGCACUGCAGAGACAGCCCAAGAGUCUGGCGCCAUUGCAUAG